UCUGAACGUCAAGCCACGGGGCAUCUGAAGACAAUUUAAUUUCAUGGUAAUCGGAAUUGUAUAUCACUGCCAUGGAGAGGUUUUUAAUCCAGUGGCUCUUGCUGUUGGCGGUUAUUUCUCAUACCUCAUGUUUCCAAACCGAAAUAUCUUACAAGAUCCGCGAGUAUGUGCGUGAACAUCAAUAUUUGGUGUAUGCGCGACACGAUCCAAUCGAAGAAUACACUUUGGAGCAGCCACUGGAUCACUUUGAGCCGUCACAGAAGACAUUAAAACAACGUUACUGGGUAAAUGCCAAUUAUUGGAGAAAGGAAGAUGGGCCAGUUUUCUUAUACAUCGGAGGAGAAGCAGAAAUAUCUGGAGCUGCUAUAGACUAUGGAAAUAUUGUGGCACUGGCAGAGCAAUAUAGUGGCCUACUCUUUGCGGUGGAGCAUCGUUACUAUGGUCUAAGUACUUUUGAAGACUAUUUGGAAACUGAGAACCUCAAAUAUCUUUCAAGUCAGCAAGCAUUGGCAGACUUGGCCGAGUUUUGUGUCUUUGCCCAGAAGACGUACAAACUCACAGAUCAGAAUCAGUGGGUUGCAUAUGGCGGUUCCUACCCGGGAAAUCUAGCCGCUUGGUUCAGACUGAAGUAUCCUCAUCUUGUGAAGGCAGCGGUUGCGUCAUCAGCGCCUGUGCAGGCCAAGACAGAUUUUCAAGAUUACAAAAACGUUGCUGCCGCAAGUUUCGCGUCCCCACUUGUUGGUGGGUCCAUGCAAUGUCAGAAAAAUAUAAUGGAAGCCUUCGCCUAUGUGAACCAGCUGAUCGCCCAGAAGGAUUUCACGACUUUAGAGCGUGACUUCUUGUCAUGCAAUGAUAUUUCACAGCCGAAUGACACUUGGCUCUUUGUCGAGAAUAUUGGUAACUUUUUGGACGGAAUUGUGCAGUACAAUUCUCAGGCUCCGGCUGGCUUCAGCAUAGCAUAUGUGUGUCAAACUAUGACAAAUGCAUCCCUCACUCCUUACCAAAGUCUUGGCUAUUUGAUACGCUACUAUCUGGAUCAUUUGAGACUUCCCUGCGUGAAUAAUAACUACACAGCAUACUUGGAAAUAUUCAAGAACACAACCCAAGACCCUACGGGCUCUUCGAUGAUUCGCCAGUGGAUCUAUCAGACUUGCACUCAGUUCGGAUACUAUCAAACAUGUGAGAAAAAUACAAGCUGUAUUUACUCGAAAGUCCCACACGACCUUGAAUACGACCUGGAUAUUUGUUUUGAGGCCUAUGACAUUCCCGCUCAGGACGUGUAUGAAAGAGUAGCAUUUACAAACGCUUACUACGGAGGAAAAACGCCUAAAGGCUCAAAGAUUGUGUUUGUAAAUGGAUCUAUAGACCCCUGGCAUGCAUUAAGUGUUCUAACGAACCAAAGUGCAUCUGAAGUGGCUAUUUUUAUCCCCGGCACUUCCCACUGUGCUAACAUGCUUCCUGAUUCACCCGAUGAUCCACCCGCCUUGUGUGAGGCUAGAAAGCAAGUUGCAGCACUUAUCGGCGAGUGGUUGGAAGCUAGCCGAUCUUCUUUGGAUAUAUCACAUUAAGCCAGCUGAUAUCCUUCAUCUCCUGAUACAUGGAUAGAGCUGCUGAUUAUGAUUUUGUAUCUAUGAGAGUUAGAAGUAUGGUCCGUAGAGUCUUAGGCUGAUCUCAGUUUGCGGCUUUCCAUUGUUCUCACACCUUUGGCAGGAAUUUAGGCAAGAUAAUUUGGUUUGCGGCUUUCCAUUGUUCUUACACCUUUAACAGGAAUUGGCAAGAUAAUUUGGUUUCAGCAACUGAGUUGACAAUGUAAACUCGCCACCAUGACGAGAUACUAAAGCUGAUAUUUCUGGUGUUCGGCGAGUGGUUGGAAGCCCUCGGGGAGCAGGGUUGGCGUAGUGGUGAGAGCGCUCGCCUUCACCAAUGUGUCCCGGGUUCGA